AUGGAUCUUGGAGAAAUUCUAGAGCUAAUAGACACCACGCAAGAGGAAUUUACAGAAGACGACUUGAUGGAGUGUAGAAUUAUUAAAAUAGAUCACUUCAUUGUGCUUUCAUAUAAUUUUUGUAAGCAUUUUCCUAUAGUUGAAGUGUUUCCUGAUGCUGGUGUUAUCACUGAGGAGCUUUCUCAAUGCAUUGCACUAACUGGAGGUGCUGCAAUGGUUGCUGAUUAUGGUCAUGAUGGAACAAACACAGAGACCUUCAAAGGGUUUUGUGGCCACAAGUUUCAUGAUGUCUUAAUUGCCCCAGGAGCAGCAGACCUAAAAGCUGAUGUGGACUUCAGUUAUUUGCAAAGAAUGGCACAGGAAAAAGUAGCCUCUCUGGGCCCAAUAAAACAAUACACAUUUUUUAAAAAUAUGGGUAUCGAAGUCCAACUGAAGAUUCUUUUAGAGAAAUCAAAUGAGACAUCAGUGAGGCAGCAAUUACUUCAAGGAUAUGAUAUGUUAAUGAAUCCGAAGAAGAUGGGAGAAAGAUUGAACAUUUUUGCCUUGCUACUUCAUCAGAGACUUCAAGGUGGAAGGAGUCAGAUGAAUGUAUGUCAGUCAAAACCCUAUGCAUCUCCUGUAGCUGGGUUUAGUGAAUUUGUUUGGCAGUGA